CAGUACAACCUUCAAAAGAAACGCGAAACAUCGAACUCUAUUACAUCUCGACAGGGCCAUGUCUUCUAUUGAUAUGCUACUGGAUGGGGCCCUGGCGUCCUGUUUUGCCGUGGUCUUUUCGAACCCGUUGGAUACGAUGCGGACGCGGAUGCAGCUGCAGGGUCAGCUUUGCCGGUCCGGGCAGUAUCAGGUGAUUUAUCGAAAUAUUAUCCAGGGUAUGCUCCGCGUGGCACGGGAAGAGGGGUUGUUAGCACUCCAGAAGGGAUUAGGCUCCUCGAUACUAUGGCAAAUCUCCCAAAACGGCGUCCGCAUUGGGUUAUACCCCGCCCUGAAAGAGGAUAUUGGCUACCUUUUGAAUAGUGAGGAUUCUCUUUUGACCUGCGCGACAACCGGCGGUCUCUGCGGCUUCAUCGGCACUGGACUUGCCUCGCCGUUUAUGUUGGUGAAGACGCGCCUGCAAUCACAACAUAACAACACAAUCGGCGAAAAUGGACAGACCCUCCAGCGAAGUUCUAUUGGCCAGCAGCACCACUACAAAGGGAUCUGCGAUGCGUUUCGCACAAUUUACCGAGAAAACGGUAUCUUGGGGUGGUGGCAUGGCUCCUCAAUCUCCGUCUUCUUGGGGGUUACUGCGUCUAUUCUCCAGCUCACCGCGUAUGACCGUUUGAAGUUUUACAUUUGCGAAUAUGCUAACUUGAAGUCAUCGGACAUACGAGUCCACGCUCUAUCUUCUAUCCUCUCAACUUGUAUAAUGAUACUUUUCCUGAACCCAAUUUUUCUUAUCUCCACACGGGUCUACAACAAUCCGCUGAAAGGUGGGGGAGAGGGCUUGUUGAGCCUAUUCCCCACGAUAGUGAAGACUUUUCGUGUGGAGGGGAUUCGCGGCAUGUACAAGGGCUCCACUGCGUAUGGCAUGCGCUCGGUGCCACAUUUUCUUUUCACGUUUAUUGCGUUAGAACAGCUUCGUUCGUUUCGGGAGAAGUACACAAAUCGCUCAUAUACCACCGGCACGAAGGCAAACAAGAACAUCGGGUAUUUUAAGAGAAGACAUGCCGCCGCUCAACAUUCUUCACAGCUUGGUCAAUCUGUGUCCGAUCUUGAUUAA